CUGUAUUAGGACCCAGGGCUGGAUUGUCUGGUUGCCCAUGAUAUAAGUGCAUAUAAGAAAGUGCAAAAUCUACAUAGACUCAUCAUGACAAGGUGGAGUUACAGCAGCACACAUGUAACUCUGAUCCUGCAGCACAUCUAUGUCAUCUACAUGGUUACAUUACAGCCAGCGCAGAAGUAUGUGCGGUGACGUCAGCCAGUGCUCCCAGUGGAAGCGGUGUGCUGGUGUACUGGUGCAGGCAGCCAGAGAGGGAGCUCACUAGUGUUGCUGAGUCCUGGAUGUGUCAGUCCCGCUGCAGUCCCUGCUGCUGCUGCUAGCGGUUCCCGGGCGCCCUCCUCCUCCUCCUCCCCCGCCGCUGUGUGUAUAUGAUCGGGCGCUAGAAGCGCUGACCUUGGCGCAUUUAUUAACCGGCGAUAAGACCAUGGCAGCCCAGUGCGACUCCAUGAGCGGAUACAUGAACCAGUCGGACCCGGGCUCUAACAGCGAGCGAAGCACAGACUCCCCGCUACCCGGCUCUGAGGACGACUCCCCCGGCCCAGCCGCCCCCCACGACCCCGAGUGGGGAGAGGAGAGGUUCCGAGUGGACAGGAAGAAGCUGGAGACUAUGUUGCAAGCGGCGGCAGAAGGAAAAGGCAAAAGUGGUGAAGAUUUCUUUCAGAAGAUUAUGGAGGAAACCAAUACGCAGAUUGCAUGGCCAUCUAAGCUGAAGAUAGGAGCAAAGUCCAAGAAAGAUCCACAUAUUAAAGUAUCUGGCAAAAAAGAAAAUGUGAAGGAAGCCAAAGAAAGGAUCAUGUCUGUUUUGGAUACAAAGAGUAACCGGGUCACAUUAAAGAUGGACGUCUCCCACACUGAGCACUCGCAUGUUAUUGGGAAAGGGGGAAAUAACAUCAAGAAGGUGAUGGAGGAAACUGGUUGCCACAUACAUUUCCCAGACUCCAACAGAAACAACCAGGCAGAGAAGAGUAACCAGGUAUCGAUUGCAGGACAACCCGCAGGUGUGGAAUCAGCCAGAGUACGAAUAAGAGAGCUGCUGCCUUUGGUUUUGAUGUUUGAGUUGCCCAUAGCUGGUAUUCUGCAGCCCAUCCCAGAUCCCAACUCCCCCACAAUCCAGCACAUCUCCCAAACCUACAACAUAACAGUCUCCUUCAAGCAGCGCUCUAGAGUGUAUGGUGCUACUGUUAUCGUAAGAGGUUCCCAAAAUAACACCAGCGCUGUUAAGGAAGGUACAGCACUGCUGCUGGAGCAUCUUGCUGGUAGCCUGGCCAGUGCCAUUCCUGUCAGCACACAGCUGGACAUUGCUGCUCAGCAUCAUCUCUUUAUGAUGGGCCGCAACGGUGGCAACAUCAAGCAUAUUAUGCAACGUACAGGUGCACAGAUCCACUUCCCGGAUCCCAACAACCCCCUGAAGAAGUCCACUGUCUACCUCCAAGGCACCAUUGAGUCGGUCUGUCUUGCCAGGCAAUAUCUCAUGGGCUGUCUCCCACUUGUUCUGAUGUUUGACAUGAAAGAGGAGAUUGAAGUGGAACCACAGUAUAUUACCCAACUCAUGGAACAACUAGAUGUCUUCAUCAGCAUUAAACCAAAGCCAAAACAGCCUAGUAAAUCUGUAAUUGUAAAAAGUGUGGAGCGAAAUGCCUUAAAUAUGUAUGAAGCCAGAAAAUGCCUACUUGGACUUGACAGCAGUGGAGUGGCUAUUACAAACCAAUCUACAUUAUCUUGCCCAAUGCCCUUCCAUGGACUGGAUAUCCUGACGGCUGGAUUGGGACUUACUGGAUUAGGUCUCCUGGGCCACAAUGCUUUGUCAGUGAAUUCCUCUACAGCACAAAAUACUCUACUAAAUGCCCUUAACAGUAGUGUUAGCCCACUGCACAGCCCAAGUUCUGCUGCACCUAGUCCAACACUAUGGGCAACUUCAUUAGCGAACACCUCUAAUGUUCCAGGAUUUUCUGCUAUACCACAUAUGAUGAUGCCAUCUGCUGCACAAGCCACAUUAACUAGCUUUCUUCUGUCUGGGGUGCCCAACUAUAGCCAAAAUACCCCAUCCCCACCUCCUGGAUUGACUCCAGUUGAUGUCCAUAUGAACAGCAUGCACUCUGAAUGCAAGAAAGUUACUUCUGCAUUAAACGGUCACGUAAAGUCAAACAUGAAAUAUGGCACAAUAUCUACAUCGUCUCUGGGAGACAAAGUGAUGAGUGCCCACCUACCGGAGUCAUCCAGGCAAUCAAACAACCGCAGCUCACCUGACCAAUCAGGCCCCAAGUCUGAUUCAGAAGGAUGUAAUGACGCAUUUGUGGAAGUAGGGAUGCCAAGAAGUCCAUCCCAUUCUGCAAACACAAAUGAACUCAAACAAAUGCUAAAUUCGGCCAAAGUACCCUGUGCUAAGAGGCAGACAGUGGAAUUAUUACAAGGCACAAAGAACUCUCACUUACAUAGUUCAGAAAGAUUACUUUCUGACUCGGAGAUGAGUUCUCCUGAAGGUCCAAUCACAGACAAGAAGGCUCCAGGGAGCGAACGAGCAGCUGAACGAGCUGCGCAACAAAACUCGGAGAGAGUCCGACUGAAUUCACAGUCAUCUUUCACAAAUGUGCAGGCCUAUGACUAUGAACAGAAGAAGCUGCUUGCAACAAAAGCAAUGUUGAAAAAACCAGUUGUAACAGAAGUCCGAACACCCACAAACACUUGGAGCGGCCUUGGCUUUUCCAAAUCCAUGCCGGCAGAAACUAUUAAAGAAUUGAGACGCGCUAACCACGUCCCGUACAAGCCGACCAUGAGUACGACGUAUGAGACUGCCUCGAUGUCUCUAUCACGGUCGAACAGUCGGGAACAACUAGGAAACGGCAGUGACUCUGACAACUGGAGGGAAAGGAAUGGCAUAGACUCAUCUCAUAGCGACUACUCCUCGUCUAUUGGCAGUCCCAAGAGGAAACUCAAUAAAUCUGCAGAACACUAUCUUAACAGCAGCAAUUAUAUGGACUGCAUCUCCUCUCUAACUGGAAGCAAUGGAUGCAAUCUAAAUAGUUCCUUCAAAGGUUCGGAUCUGCCUGAACUGUUCAGCAAGCUAGGACUGGGAAAGUACACGGAUAUCUUCCAGCAGCAAGAGAUUGAUUUACAGACAUUCCUCACAUUGACGGAUCAGGACCUAAAGGAACUUGGCAUAACGACAUUUGGUGCACGGAGGAAAAUGUUGCUGGCUAUUUCAGAGCUGAAUAAAAACCGAAGAAAGCUGUUUGAGCCAAGCAGUAUACGAUCUUCAUUCUUGGAGGGAGGAGCCAGCGGUAGACUGCCUCGCCAGUAUCACUCGGACAUUGCCAGUGUCAGCGGCCGAUGGUAGCAGUUGGCUAGAUCACUUUGACCAUAAGUGCAGAGAAGGUCAAUGCUGACCCAUGGACAGACAUCGCUGCAAAUUCUUAUUUUACCAUCCGCACUUUAACGUCAAGGUACCACGGACCAAAGUAAUGUGUUAGCACAAGUACACGUUUUCCCUAAAACACUUGUGUAGUCAUUCAGAACACCAAAUGUGGGAUAUGUUUUGUACGACUAUGUAGACUGGACCGAAUUGCAAUAGCGAAAAAAAAAAAGUUUAUUGAUUUUAUGUUUUAGUAUUUUAUGUAUAACAUUGUAUGCACUGAAAUUUUACCUUUGCGGAAUGAAGAAUUAAUCUCUCAGAUAUUCGAGGGCAUGACUUAAUGGUUUUAUUGUGAAGGAAUUUCUAGUACUCAAUAAUAGUAAUCAAGACGUUUCUGCACUUUACAUGCUCCUAAUUUUGUCUCCUGUGGAAAUUUUCAUGUUUUUUUUUUUUUUCUUGCCAUGUAAACACCGUUUAUUAUCCCUAAUCAAUCAUAGCCAGAUGCAUUUAUAGUACAGUAACUACAAUGUUAUCAUAUGUAUGUAUUGUAAAGUAUUUGAACUAUGCAGAUGUAUCCUGGAAACUAGGAACCAUUUCACAAGAAUCUUAUUACUGGUAGAUUUUCUUUUUAUUAUUCUUAUUUAAUAUUUUCCGAACGCUUACAUUGAAACAGGUUCACUGUAACAGAUAAAUAGGAUCAUUGUGGACUGUAGGUUUUCCUUUGCCCUCAUCCCCAUAAUGUCAAAGCUGAUUUAUGGAGUAGGAGGUGAAUGAUGCAAAGUAAUGCAUUUAUUUAUAUCAGAAGUUACAAUCCAUCUCCUAACUAUGAGCUCGAUAUUUUUCUGUAAUAGUGAAGAUCUGUGCUCUAGAUUUGAGCAAUUCCUAUGGCCUCAUUCACAUCGGCAAUACAAACAUCUAAGCGAGUUCAUGUAAGCAGUGGAUUUUGGCGAUAAACUUUUUUCAAAUCAAUAACCAAAGGUGAAGAUCUUUGAUUUACAUCUAAAAUGCAUCAGCUGAAUCCAUUCUAAUCAAUUUUAUACUGUGAAAACUCAAGGAAGCCUUUAGUGUUUAAGUUACACUGUGCCAAACCAGCCACUGUCUUAAACCAGAAAGGGCAUUGCAUGUGCCUCAUUUUUGAUAAUGUACUAUUGUCUUUCUAUUAGGAAGUUAAAGGAUUACAUUUUCAGACAUUUUCAGACAACUAUAUAUAACUUGUACUGUAAAUGUGCUUUGACUGUAAAGAAGAGCGUUUGCAAAUCCUCUUUACAUCUGAAGCCUUAAAGCACAGCAAGGGGGUGCUACGCCAGAAGUGAGACAUUCCACCUAACAAGUGCUCUUAAUCAGUCAGCAUGGUUUGGUGAAUAAGCGUACUAGAACACUGAUUGCUUUCAUGAUUAACAUGCCACACAACUAUUUGCACACAAUGGGAAUGUUUUAUGUUUUAUUUUUUGAGAUAUAUGUAUAUAUACUUUGCUGCACCAAAUUACAUUUAUGGGCAUAAGCAAUGCAGCAAAUCACUAUUAGACGGUGAAUUUGGGGCUUUGUACACUACACUUGGUGAACCACUUCCUUCCUUAUACAAAUUUUGUGGUGUUAAUACUAGUACAAAUGUUUUGCCACAUGGAUCUCUUUUAGGAGACCUACAUUUUAAUUAAACACAGAUGGGUAUUGAAAUUUUUAUAUACUUUUUAUAAAAAUAAAUUGUGUUUUUCCUUUAUAUAGUAUAGCUUUGUUAAAAUACUCUGUUUGACUUGUGCUUUGGUUAUAGUUUUAAAUAAUAGAGUGUGGCAUGGGAAUAUUAUUUUUUUUUUUAUCACCCGGAAGGUACUGCAAGGGUAAUCGGAAAAUACAUUGUUUGUACAAUAAAUAUAUAUUCUAGAGAAUUCAUCUUUUUUUAUCUCAGUACUAGAACAGGACGAUACAAAAUGACAGUGUUGGUCAGUGCAAUAUGCACGCAGUUAAAGUUGUUGCAUCCCAAUGUUUGUUACUUUUACAUUGUGCCUUGAGAGUGACAAGUUAUCUGUAAAUGUAGAACAGAUACAGAUUGUACUUCAGUUGGGGGGGUUAACAACUUUUUGGGUUUUUUUUACUUUUUUUUUUUUUUAAUUAAAUGUGGAUUUGAAACCAUUAAAAUGGAUUUUUUAACUAAUCAUGUGUUAUGUUCAAGAAAAUAAAUUUAUA